GAAUUUCUUUUCAGUUCGAACUGAGAAAGAAAAAAAUGAAAUUAUUUCUUCUAAACCCUAGAAUCUUCGAUUUCCUUUGGAGAAAAGUUACAUUUUACAGGUUUUUCUUAUUAAUUUAAUUCUUUUUUUGUUUUUGCUAAUUUCGGUAUUAUUUGGGGGUUUUGUAUAUGGAGUGUGAUAGCUGUCAUAUGGGAAACUUGGUGAUGCCUACUUCGUUGUGAACUUGUAAAGUCACUUUUUGGAACUUGGGUUUUGUUGGAUUUGUGUUUGCUCUUUUUUCUUUUUUUCAUGCUAAUUGUCAAGCGAAAGACAAUGCCCCCUCUGCCUUCUGCAAACGUUUUGAGAGUUCAAUUUAUUUUGUUAACUCAAUGAUCAGAGAAUUGAUCUGGUCAAUGUACUGGUUGAUUUAUAAUUACAAAUAUGAGUUUGAUGAAGGUUCCUUAGGAACUUUCAUAUUGUUUAUUGUCACUAAUGUAUCUUUUGAUAAACUUGUUUACUUACUAUCAUGAUCGACUUGAAUUUAAGCAUAGGUGAUUAGUAAAAGAAGGACUGAAUUGCUUUAAAAAUGAAUCGUCAAAUAUGUUCCUUGUCGCUUUGUUGGAUUAGUUUUAUGGUUGAACUGAUUGAUUUGAGUUGUGGUUAAGCUCACUUCUUCCUAUUUAAGAUUCUUGCAGUUUGAAUGCAUAACCAUGUUCCUGAACAUUUAAUCUAUCUAAAUCUUGCUGAUUUAUUAAUUCAUCUGCCAUUGCUUUUUGUAUCCGGAUAACGAACAGGUACAAUUUCCAGGAUAAUCGCAAUUAUGGGUGAUUUUUCAAUUCAUAUUAGUGCUGACCUUGUUAAUAGACUUGUCAAUAAUGGUGAGAAGUUAAAGAGGAAACCAAAGAAAACUAAAGUUAAGAUACCCCAAGAAUCUGCCCAUCCCCAAGAUAAGGUGAAUGAAAAGCAACUUCAUGAUGAUCUUGAAACACACAAAGGGGUUCCUUCUCCAGCAUGGCCAGUACAACCUCCAUUGUUCUUGCCAGCAACCCCAUCUUCACAUUCUGCACGCACAGAGUUGGAUGCAAUUAGAUCUGUCCUUCAAGAAAGUGAAAGAGUUUUGGCAAAGUUGCAGAAGCAGGAAGAUGGCAUGCUGCAAGCAGUAACAGAAAGGGCCAAGGAUCUUCAUGAUAAGGAAUUUAAGCUUCCAUAUCAGAAGCCUAUGCCCUGUUUGGGUGAUUAUGAAGCUUGCCGGGCAUGCUACAAGGAGCAUGGUAAUGAUAUUUUGAAGUGUGCUCCUUUAACUAGGAGCUAUUAUGAUUGUGUUCACAGAGUUAAGCAGCAGAAGAUGUUAUAUUUGUGGAGAAGGGAGAAAUUGAACGAGAACCGUAAACUUUUGUUUCUUCUUGAGAUUUGGUUCAAGAAACUUCUUGUUCGUAAUUUGGAUGGGAGUAGAGCCACUGGGACCGGAAUAUUUUCCCAAUUACAUUGAAAAGGAGCUGAAUAGUUAUUUUGUUUCACUUCUCUUGAUGAUGGCUAGGUUGAAAUUGUCCAAUAAAAAACAUCCUGCGCAGCUAAGCAUUAUUUGGAGGGUGAGCACUUCAUAGAAAAGACGUGUGAACAAUCACAAAAAUAUUUAAAUUUGUCAACAAUUGUCGGCCUGAGUUUAUUCCUCUAAGCAGGGCCGGUAGCCACUGAGGGUGCGGAAAAUCGACUUUUGAUUUGAUGCGGAAGUGGAAGGCACUUGAGGAUUUGUGAGGCUCACAACUUCCUGUGAAUUCAUUCGAGUCAAGUGGAUAAGCAAGUGGCACACACUCUUUGCUUUAUUUUCUUUAUAUAUAUUUUUAAAAAAGAUAGUUGUAAUUUUUUUUUUAAAUUUUGUUAUUGAAUUAAUAUUAAUAAAGAGUUUUCAUAGAAAUAA